AUGUUCGAAGAAUUGCAGUGCAACACAGACGGCAAGGAGUGCAUGAGACACUGUUUGGAGACCGUCUCUGGGCAGAAUCGGGGGUGCUGGCAUGCCAAGAACAUCCUCACCGAAUCGCAGUGGAAGAAGGACUGCGAAGGCUGGGUGGCGAGAGGUGCAAAGUUCGUGGCCAGGAGGCUCGCAACUUGGAUGGGCGGUGCCACGGAAUCAAAAAACUCCCGCGUCACGUUGCUGUAUCGGAAGUUCAAUGCAAAGUUGAAGGAUGUGAAAGUCCGCGCCGAUGUCUACAUCUUCCGAACGCGCUCGCUCAGUGAGGUCGUGAACAAGGAUGAGGAGACGAAGGAGGACGAGUCCAAAAGCACGCUGGCAAGGACUUUAGAUGGGGCUUUUGGUGGGCUCAGUAAAGCUCUGAAUGUUAUCGCACAUCCGGUCGCGGCUACGAACACCCAGAAGGAGCUCAUCGAGAAGUACCAAUUCAAUUUGCAGCCGAAAAAGUUUCCCAACGGCACGGUCGAAGGCUACGAGCUGGUGACAUGCAGCCAGUUCACUUGGGAUGAACAGGCCGAGGACUACAGCCUUCCGCCGCUGAAGAAGUGCCAGAAAAUUCGCAUCGUGAACCUCGAGCUCCUCGCAAAUCAGCCCGACUACCUCGAAGUCGAGGAGAUUUCUUCGAAGCAAGAUCAGGAAAAGGCCGUCACAGGGAGUCCUGGAAUCGUCCUCUCCAUCGUGGCAAAGCUGGCUCGAAUGAUGUUCGUGCGCUUCGCAGUGAAGCUUCAAGUUCCUGACGACAAGGAUGGCAGUCUGAAGUACUGCAAAGACAUGUGGACGAAACGAAACAAGAAGGAGAAAGAGAAAGCCCUGGGUAUACUGUGUAAAGCCAGCGACGUACUGACGAAGGACCCGGAUGAGGUGGGGGAUGGUGUGGACGCCCGGUACGAGUUCGAGGUCGUCGAGCUAAAACCUGUGUGGGACGAGUUGAGAAAGAAGAACCUCCAGUACGUGGGUCUCCGGGGCGGCUACAAUCUUCAGUUCUGCCGUGUGCUCCGGGUGCAGGACCCAGAGACGAAACUGCUACCGGGCUCCGUAGUGUGCGAUCUGGAUGCACCCGUGGAGGAAGGCACGCAGACGCUGAUAAACGGGUCCCUGCCGGAGGAGGCCCGGUUCAGGCUGGAGCACAUCGGCAAGAACAACGUGCCGUCGACCAUCAGCAUCGGCGGCGGGUCCAGCUCAGCAGAAGCUUCCUGCGAGAACUGCGAGGAGAAAUCCGAAGAGACAGCAAAGGAGGAGGUCGAUGCAGAGCUGUCGGACAAAGCCGAUGUGGACAGUGAGCUGGCAAUCCGGUCCCUCGGAGCGCUUACAGCCUUGGGAAACUCUGAGGGCGGCGAGAGCGGCGGCGAGGGCGGCGGCGAGAGCAGCGGCGAGGGCGGAGGCAAGGGCAGAGGCGAGGGCGGAGGCAAGGGCGGAGGCAAGGGCGGCUGCAAGGGCGGCGGCAAGGGCGGAGGCAAGGGCGGCGGAAGCUGGCAUGCACAGCUACCGAAUAUUGAAGAUUUGAAAGAGGGUCAGAUAUUCGACACAGGAGCGGAGCGCGACCAAUUCGCCCAGGUGUUAAAAAUUUUUCCGCAUAACAGGACUCUUUUGCUGAAGACACCAGAAAAAACUGGUAUCGUACACUAUCCGCAUUCUGAGCAAACAGGUGCCCAGGCGAAGGAGAUGUCUGACCAGCUGGAGGCCUAUUCUCUGCUUAUGAGAAACGCAGCCUUCUCAUUACUUUUCAUUCGUACCGUCGACGCUAAAAUCCGCGAUCUCGUCCAAGAGAUUGAUGCCGCUCAGGUCAACUUACAGGAUAUGCUUACUAAUCUACUGAAAAUAAAGACAAAACGAUAUGGCCAGGUUCAAUACGUCGUAGACCGUCUGAUUCGGGAGAGGGACGACAUUAACCUGAUUAUAAAGCGAAAGGAAAACGAAAUUUAUUCACUUGUGCAAGCAGCUCAAAAAGUCAUAGCGAUUCGAGCAGGUACUGAAGCCAAGAAAUUCAAACAGGUGCUCAGGUGGGAGAACUCUUGGAAACAUUACCAUCCGAUUCCUUACUUGAGGUCUAUCAUACAGCACGAUCACCCUGUGGACUUUCAGAAAGAUGUGUUGAAAGGGGCACUCAGGUCAUUGUUCAUGUUCGUCAACGAGAAUACGAAAUUCAAGAUGUUUGUUCCUCCUCCGUCGUGA